AAAAGCAAUGGAACCAGAAUUCGAAAUAAACGAAGCUAUUAAAUUUCAAGUAAAUAAAACUUAAUAACUUUGGGAAAAUGGAGUUGUAUAUGCAUUUAGUUUAUAUAUUAGAUCACCACGAUAUUCACUAAUCGAACACCUAUUUAAUAUGUAGUUCAAACUUAGAAUAAUGAGAAGUAAUAACAUUCAUUAAUUAAAAGACUCUAUCUAAAUAGACAGUAAAUCAAAGCAAAUAAUCCAAUCUCAAAAACACAUCAAGUCUCAUAUAAUAUUGAAUUUUAACGAAUACUCUCAUAAUUAAUUAUGCAAAAGAAUGAAGAUCAAUUAAUUGAAGAGGUAAAAGUACUCAAAAUACUCUUAGUUGUAAUCUCUGCUUAAACGUAUCACACCUUCAUAAGUUAUGUAAGAACAGAAUGGAUCUAAAAUCAUUUAUACUACAUAUCAAUUUCUACUCAUGAGAAAACCUUCCAUUCUUAGAAAUUAUCCUUUUGCUCCAACUAAUCAAGUACUUAAAAGAAUGAAGAAACUAAUUUAUUCAAUCAAAAAAGAAGUGCUUAUUAAUGUAUAAAUUUAAAUUUUACAAUUAGUCGAACUUAAUUUAAUUAUAAACUCAUUCAAACUAAAAUUCAAGUUCAUUUUAACAAAUUAAAUUACAAAAACAAAUAUCUAAAUAAUCACGUAAAAUGACAUUCAUUUUUGAUGAUUCAGAAAAAGAAGAAUAACCUACUGCCUUCUAUGCCAAUUUAUGUAAAUAUCCAAUCAUUAUCUAUAAGUACCUAACAAAUCAGCAUUCAAACCCUACAAAUCAGAUUCUAUCAAUCCAAAAUUUGAAUCAUUAUCUACUCAAACUAAACCCUCACCCAAAAUCGAUUCAAUUAAAACUGUCUAUUUCAAACCCAUCAUAAUAUAAGGACUACUGUGUUGA